CACCUGGGCGCAGUUGGUGUCGGUCGGCGGGCAGCAGCAGUCGGCAGGCGACAUUUCCUCCACCACCGCUGACGUCGGACAAGUCUCACCAGACAAGUCAUGGCUCCCGUUAAAGUGAUGCUCGUCCUGGUCCUGGCCGCCACAGCGUUCGCUCUGCCAAUGGACCGCCAGGUCAGGGAGACUGCCGAAACUGAGGAUAACUCCGAGGCCAGCAGCGGCGAAGUGUGCGUCGUCGACGGCGUGGUGUACGAGCGGGGCGCGCCGGUGCCGACGGCCUCCGGCUGCGAGCUGUGCGUCUGCCAGCCGCCGGGCUUCGCGUGCAGCGCGAUCCAGUGCGAGCAGCGCGCCAACACCACCGGCUGUCAGCGGAGCGGCUCGAGCGCCACCUGCUGCCCGCAAUACCAGUGCCCGUGUCAGUUCGGCGGCGAGACGUUCGAGGACGGCAGCCGGAUCGAGGACCCAGCCGAGCCGUGCAUCAUCCGCUACUGCAUCGACGGCCUGGUGCGCACCACGACGCUGCGCUGCUUCACCCGCGACGACUGUGCGCCGCGGACCGUGGCCGGCCGCUGCUGCCCCAGCUACGACCACUGCCCGGCGCUCGGCAAGUUCCCCCAGGGGCCCGCCGAGCCCUACCCAGCGGAGAGCACCGUCAGCGCAUCCGAGCAGACCGCUGCCCCCGAGGUCGACACGGUCACUGCCACGGAAGCGGGUGAGGAGACCGCCGCCGAGGAGGCGUCCGAAGAGCAGCAGAACACCGACGAAGCGAGCGCUCCCGAGGCGGAGAAGGCCACUGAUGAAGACGAGCCCACAGAAGAUAAGAAUAUCGACGAACAAAAUGAGAACAAAGAAGAGAAGGAGGAAGAGGAGGAGGAGGAGGAGGAGAGUGACAAGGCCGAGAAGCCCGCCAGCGUCCCCGCCGAAGAGAGCGCCGCCGAAAAUCUCAUCCCGGACACGGACGAGUCGGAGAAUGGUCCGACGACUGACGAGCACCUGGAGCUGGCCGAGCCCGCCGAAAGCAGCGGACUGGAGGCCGAGCCAGAGGCGGCGGAGGCCGGCCAGGAGCCCAGUCUCGGCCUGGAAGCCGACAACACCUUCGCCGCGGCGCUGCAACUGACGCCGGCCGACCUGACAGAGGGCAGCGGCCGCCCGGACGAGGACGGCGCCGACGGCUCUGGCAUCGUCAACUUCGACUUCCCAGCCAGCGAGCCGCUGCUGCUGAGCACCGAAGGCUCUGGCCAGCUGGAGGCGAACGAGGCCGAGGGCUCGGCCAGCGAGGCGCUAACACUGGGAGAGCUGGCGGCGGACGAGACCGAGGGCUCGGCUAGCGAGGUGCUGGGAGAGGCGACGGACGCUUUCGAGGGUUCGGCCAGCGAGCCACUGCUGCUGGAAGAAAUUGCGGCGGACGAGGACGAGGGUUCGGCCAGCGAGGUGCUGGGAGAAGCUACGGACGCUUUCGAGGGUUCGGCCAGCGAGCCGCUGACGCUGGGAGAGCUGGCGGCGGACGAGACCGAGGGCUCCGCCAGCGAAGUGCUGGGAGAGGCUACGGACGCUUUCGAAGGUUCGGCCAGCGAGUCGCUGCUGCUGGGAGAGCUUACGGCGGACGAGACCGAGGGUUCGGCCAGCGACGUGCUGGGAGAGGCUACGGACGCUUUCGAGGGUUCGGCCAGCGAGCCACUGCUGCUGGGAGAGCUCACGGCAGACGAGACUGAGGGCUCGGCCACCGAGGUGCUGGGAGAGGCUACGGAUUCUUUCGAGGGCUCUGCCAGCGAGGCGCUGACGCUGGGAGAGCUUGCGGCGGACGAGACCGAGGGUUCGGCUACCGAGAUAUUGGAAGGAGCGACGGACGCUUUCGAGGGCUCGGCCAACGAGCCGCUGCUGCUGGGAGAGCCGGCGGCGGACGAGACCGAGGGCUCGGCCAGCGAGGUGCUGGAAGAGGCUACGGACGCCUUCGAGGGCUCGGCCAGCGAGGCACUGACGCUGGGAGAGCCGGCGGCGGACGAGGCGUCGCUGUACGAGGUGGAGGGCUCGGGAGCGGCCGCCAGUCUGCCGCUGCAGCUCAAACCCGCAGAGGAGGCGUCGACUGCCCCGCAGCCGGCGGAAAGCGACACCCUGAAAUCCGAGCAGCUGCUGUCGGGACUGACAUCCCGGGGCGAGGCCGAGCCGGAGGGCAGCGGCAGCUCACCCGACGUCAGCGGCUCCGGCGACAGCGCGCCGCCGUCUUUCGACGCUCUCGCUCUGUGAGCCGCCCGCCGGCCCAGCGCGAAACCGUGGCAUUAGUCGGUCCGUGCGGUGAUUGGUGGUCUGCUGGCGUCCGCUGAUGACCCUCGCAAGCCUGAUCGAAGAGCUCGUUUGCCGGUUGAGUCCGAUAUUUAUAUUGUGUCGCAUAGCCGUGCUUUUAGUGACGUCAUGCUCAUCACUUCUGGUGAGAAUUGCUCAGGUUGACCCCUGGCGCAGUGACCUAAGCUCGUCUGAUGACGGCAGUUUGCCCAAGCAGCUGCGCCUGCCAUCGGACAUGUUGGCCCCGGCGUCAGGUGUUGUCUGAGCGAGUGACCGUCGACACAGCUUUCGAGCCGCCGGCUCUGUCGACCCGCUGUCCGGUUCAGCCUCGUCGAAAAAACCGGCGGCCAUCGGCUGUUGUACCGCGAGCUGAUCACGACAAAUAAAGGUCUACCAUGAA